GGGAGGGGCCGGAGCGCGGCUGCCGGUGCCUCUGCGGGAGCAGAGGAAGGAGGCGGCGCGUCCCCAGAGGCGUGCGCCGGGACGGAAGGACAGACGGACCCAAGCGCGCGGCGAGAGGGCCGGUGGCGAGAAAUCUGCUGGCAUUGUGGGACCGCUUCAGGGCUGCCGAACGAACGCCAACUUGCUUCGUUGUGUUUCGGGCAGGUCUGGGGCAGGUGGCAGCCCCGUCAUGGAUGGAGACGGACUUUUUGAUGAAGAAACCCGAAGCAGGUGAUGUCAGCUAGGGCGAUUUGGCUGUCAAAGGUUUUGACAAAACCUGCCGUGUUCCCUUUCGGGGAAUCCGAAUGAGGGAGAUUACAGACACCUUCACCGGGAAGCCAAGGACAUUUCUGUAUAAUCAGUGGAUGAAAGGAUUUUCUCAGACUCUCUUUUUCCUUUUCCUUGAGGAUUAAACCACCGCAAUCUACAUUUCCAGUGGAAGCCACAAGGCACAAGAUGUGGCAGGAGCCUCGAGCGCCUUCCGAAUUGUUCUGGACCCUUCCUUUGGCAUAGAGGAGUUUAGCACUUGCCACCCACCGCCCCUCCCCGCCCCCACACUCCCUCCUGAUGAGCUCCUUAACCUGUUCUCAUCCCCUGAAUUGAGUUCUAGUUCCAAAACUGUCCUCUGGAGCUAAAAGUGGAUUGCCAGAAAAGAGAGAUUAAGGGCUGGGAGAAGAGGAAGCGCCCUGUGUUGUGUCUUCUCUUGGCUGCCGACAUGAAGUGCUUUCUCCCCGUGCUGAGCUGUCUGGCUGUGCUGGGUGUCGCGGCAGCACAGCGGCUGGUCGCCAUCCAGGAAGGUCCCUUGUACCGCACGGAGGGCUCUCACAUCACCAUCUGGUGCAAUGUGAGCGGCUUCCAGGGGCCCUCUGAGCAGAAUUUCCAGUGGUCCAUUUACAUGCCCACGGCCCCUGAACGCGAGGUCCAGAUCAUCAGCACCAUGGACUCCUCUUUCCCUUACGCCAUCUACACGCAGCGUGUCCACAGCGGGAAGAUCUACGUGGAGAGGGUCCGGGGGAACUUGGCCUUGUUACACAUCACUGAUCUCCAGGCCCGGGAUGCCGGGGUGUACGAGUGCCACACGCCCAGCACUGACGAGCGGUACUUCGGGAGUUACAGCGCCAAGAUGAACCUCGUGGUGAUCCCGGACUCCCUGCAGGCCAGCGCUGUGCCCCAGACUUUGCACAGAGUGGAGCAGGACCCCCUGGAGCUCACAUGUGACAUAUCCACGGAGACGCUGCAGCACAGCCACCUCUCGGUGGCCUGGCUCCGGCAGCGCGGCGGCGAGAAGCCGGUGGAGGUCCUCGCCCUGAGCCGGGACUUUGUGCUGCAGUCCAGCAGCGACUACGCGCAGAGGCUGAGCCUGGGGGAGAUGCACCUGGACAAGCUGGGGAGCACCACCUUCCGCCUCACCAUCUUCCACCUGCAGCCCUCGGACCAGGGCGAGUUCUACUGCGAGGCCACGGAGUGGAUCCAGGACCCGGACGGCUCGUGGUACCCCAUGACCCGAAAGCGUUCCGAGGGGACCGUGGUCAACGUCCAGCCCACCGACAAAGAGUUCACCGUUCGGCUGGAGACAGAUAAGCGGCUGUACACGGUGGGAGAGCCAGUGGAGUUCAGAUGCAUCCUGGAGGCGCAGCACGUUCCCGACCGUUACUUCGCUGUCUCCUGGGCCUUCAACAGCUCACUCAUCGCCAGCAUGGGGCCGAACGCCGUGCCAGUCCUCAACAGUGAAUUUGCCCAUCGGGAGGCCAGGGGCCAGCUCAAAGUGGCCAAGGAGGGCGACAAUGUCUUCGUGCUGAAGAUCUACCACCUCCGCCAGGAGGACAGCGGCAAAUACAACUGUCGUGUGACGGAGAGAGAGAAAACGGUAACCGGGGAAUUCAUCGACAAGGAGAGCAAGCGUCCCAAGAACAUCCCCAUCAUCGUCCUCCCCAUCACAGAUAACUGGGUAGUUAAAGUCCCCCAGCACCACCAGAUCCUGCCCCAAGGCCACUUGGAGAGCAGCAUCUCAGUGGAGGUGGCCAGCAACACCAGCGUCAUCCUGGAGGGCGACAAUCUGCACCUUUCCUGCAGCAUCCGGACGGCGGGCCGGCCUCUCGGCCGCUUCUCCGUCAUCUGGCAGCUGGUGGACCGGCAGAACCGCCGCAGCAACAUCGUGUGGCUGGACCGAGAUGGCACUGUGCAGCCCGGCGCGUCCUACUGGGAGCGCAGCAGGUUUGGGGGCGUCCAGAUGGAGCAGGUGCAGCCCAACAUGUUCAGCCUGGGCAUCUACAACAGCAGGAAGGAGGACGAGGGCCAGUAUGAUUGCCACGUGACCGAAUGGGUGCGGGCCGUGGACGGCGAGUGGCAGGUCGUGGGGGAGCGCCGGGCCAGCACUCCCGUCUCCAUCACCGCUCUCGAAACAGGCUUCGCGGUCACUGCCAUCUCCCGCACACCGGGGGUGACCUAUUGCGACUCCUUCGACCUGCAGUGCAUCAUCAAACCCCAUUAUCCCUCCCGGGUCCCCGUGUCAGUGACGUGGCGGUUCCAGCCGGUGGGCACCAUUGAGUUCCACGAUCUGGUGACCUUCACCCGGGAUGGAGGAGUCCAGUGGGGGGACAGGUCUUCCAGCUUCCGGACCCGGACGGCCAUCGAGAAGGCGGAAUCCAGCAACAACGUCCGGCUGAGCAUCAGCCGAGCCAGCGACACGGAGGCGGGAAAGUACCAGUGUGUGGCGGAGCUGUGGCGGAGGAACUACAACAGCAGCUGGACGCGGCUGGCCGAGAGGACCUCCAACCUGCUAGAGAUCCGGGUGCUGCAGCCAGUGACAAAGUUGCAGGUGAGCAAAUCAAAGCGGACCCUCACCCUGGUGGAAAACAGGCCCAUCCAGCUGAACUGCUCAGUCAAGUCCCAGACCAGCCAGAACUCCCACUUCGCUGUGCUCUGGUAUGUCCACAAGCCCUCGGACGCCGACGGCAAGCUCAUCCUCAAAACCACCCACAACUCUGCCUUUGAGUACGGCACCUAUGCCGAGGAGGAGGGCCUGAGAGCCAGGCUGCAGUUUGAGAGGCACGUGUCCGGGGGUCUGUUCAGCCUCACUGUCCAGAGAGCCGAGGUCAGCGACAGCGGCAGCUACUACUGCCAUGUGGAAGAGUGGCUGCUGAGCCCCAACUAUGCCUGGUACAAGCUGGCAGAGGAGGUUUCUGGGCGUACAGAGGUCACUGUGAAGCAGCCAGACAGCCGCCUGAAGCUCAGCCAAGCGCAGGGCAACCUGUCGGUCCUGGAGACGCGGCAGGUGCAGCUGGAGUGCGUGGUCCUGAACCGCACGAGCGCGGCCUCGCAGCUGCUGCUGGAGUGGUUUGUGUGGAAGCCCAACCAGCCAGAGCGGGAGACCGUGGCCCGCCUGAGCCGCGACGCCACCUUCCACUACGGAGAGCAGGCGGCCAAGAACAACCUGAAGGGCCGGCUGCACUUGGAGAGCCCGUCCCCCGGCGUGUACCGGCUCUUCAUCCAGAACGUGGCCGUGCAGGACAGCGGCACCUACAGCUGCCGUGUGGAGGAGUGGUUGCCCAGCCCCAGUGGCACGUGGUACAAACGGGCCGAGGACACCGCCGGCCAGACGGCUGUUCGCGUCACUCGCCCAGAUGCUGCCCUGCAGGUGGACACAGUGGUCCCCAAUGCCACAGUGUUCGAGAAGGCAGCUUUCCAGCUGGACUGUAGCAUCGUGUCUCGCUCCAGCCAGGACUCCCGCUUUGCCGUGGCCUGGUACUCCCUGAGGACUAAAGUUGGAGGAAAAAGGGGUAGCCCUGGCCCAGAAGAUGGGGAGGAGGAGGACGAGGAAGUGGAGGUGGAUGAAGAGCAGGAAGAGGACCCCACAGAGCGGACCACCCUGCUGAGUGUGGGCGCAGAUGCCGUCUUUGGCCCAGAGGGCAGCCCCUGGGAGGGCAGGCUUCGCUUCCAGAUGCUUUCCCCGCUCCUCUACCGGCUCACCGUGCUGCAGGCCAGCCCCCAGGACUCGGGUAACUACUCCUGCCGCGUGGAGGAGUGGCUUCCCAGCCCUCAAAAGGAGUGGUACCGGCUGACCGAGGAGGAGUCGGCCCCCGUCGGCAUCCACGUUCUGGACAUGAGUUCCACUCUGCAGUCCAUCAUCUGCUCCAACGACGCACUCUUCUACUUUGUCUUCUUCUACCCUUUCCCCAUCUUUGGCAUCCUUAUCAUCACCAUCCUGCUGGUGCGCUUCAAGAGCCGGAACUCCAGCAAGAACUCCGAGGGGAAGAAUGGGGUGCCCCUGUUGUGGAUCAAGGAACCACACCUCAACUACUCCCCCACUUGCCUGGAGCCCCCCGUGCUCAGCAUCCACCCAGGAGCCAUAGACUAAGGGGCCUUCAGGUGAUCAGAAACCACGGAGGAGCUGAGGCUCUCCUCGCUGCAUCUUGCUCUACCACCAGAGAGCGGACAGCACCCGACCUGUGGGGCGCUCUCGCAGAACACAGUCAGACUUCAGAAGUGUUCCGAGUCGCCCAUCUGUCUGAGGCAGACUGCCUCUAGGUGGCAGUCUUGGUCGGUUAGCUAUUUUCGAGCAGAUGGCGCCAUCCUGCCAGUUAGGUUUCUUGUUUUUGUUUUUGGUAAUGUGGUGAGUAGCUCCCGGUGCCACGUCUACUCGCUGGUUUAUAUAGUAUUCUCAGAUAUAGAUGUUACAGGGGUUCUUAUUCUUUGUAAGGGACUCUUUUUCAAUCCCUUUGGUUUACCCUUUUUGGAUUCCAUGAUGUUGUGGAUGAAUUACUCUGAAAUACAACUGAUGGCAAAAGGAAGGACAGACUUUAUAGCGCGAAGGACUCUCUUCCAAGGCUUUUUUCAUUUUUGCACACUUGAAAAUGCCACCCAUGGAUCAAAAUAUACUCCAAAUUUUUUACUUCCUUAACGAGACUUGAAAAUUAUGUGUAGUAUGGGCCCAAUUUGUAUCUUAUCUUUUCCCUCAGCUGGAGUUGUUGGAACCACUUUGUAGUCAAGAUGAAAGCAUUGAAUUUAGCUUCAAAGAACUGUGUAUGUACAAGAUAAAUCCUGCGUAUAAACCCCACUAGGAGUAGAUAGUGCCCAGCCCAGCCUAUCUGUCUGGGGGGGCAAUAGGCUUCAUCCUAUCCUUGCCAAAAAAUAAGCAGACUUGGUUGGAGAACAAGUCAGAAGCUCUGAACAGUACACACUUUGCAGGUUAAAGUGGGCAGAAGGUUACUUUUAGCAGCUACUGACUUUCAGAUUGAUCAAAGUCAGCAAUUAGUGAAAGAAGGAAAUAAGGCUGGUUGUUGGCUUGGUCUGUUCUGCAAGGGCAGUCUCUGA